CCAUUCUGUUAACAGCGAGCAGGAAGAAGAAGCAGAAGAAGAAACAGAAGACAGUCUUAUUAGCUGUUUUGCUGCAGCCAUGCGUUUUAGCUAACAAAAUAGUUCAUUUAAAUGAUCAUAUCUAUUUUUGAAAGUAACGUGAGGAAGAAGAGACUCUUUACUACAGCGGCGUGUCUCGUUUUAAGGUGACGCCAUGCUCCUGGAGCCCACCGCAGCUGAAGAUCGAAGUGUUUGACCGAUAAAAGCCAUCACUGCCGCCGUCGCCACCACCAUGGGGACGACGAUGAGCGAGCCGUGUAUCUACGACAAGCUGUCCGAGAGCAUCGACAUCCUCCGCCAGUCGGGCUACCGCUACGGGAUGUCAGAGAGGGAGAUCGAGAGGUUCAUCAAGAGGGUCCUGGAGACCAACGAGCCCAGGAGAGAGCCGCCUCAGUUCCCCAUCCUUAGAGCCACCAUCAAGUUUGUGGUGGCAGUGGGCUUCCUGCUGGUGGUGGUCCUCGCCUUCACGUAUCCCCAGAGCGCCCCACAGCUGGGUCUGGUCAACCUGGGCUGUUACAACUGGUCGUCCCCCCUCAGUCACGUCCGACUGCUGUCACUGCCCAUCGCCAAGAAAUACAACCUGCAAGGUUUCCAUGAAUGGUGGAGUGCCGGCUCUCUCAGGCAGAGUCUCGUCAACUGUUCGGGCUGUGCGGAGAUCUCCUCAGUGCUUGAAGUCCCGGAGAGCCUCAGAGGCACCGUGGCUGUGCGACGGGGGCCACAGCUCGUCCUGCUGAAGGGCGGGGAGUCUCUCAGCGUCCAGCGGCAGCAGCUCGAGGAGCUUUAUUUGGCUCAUUCAGGCUCCAUGUCCAUUCUGCUGGAGGAGGAUGACGGCCUGCAGAACCACAACCACGGCCUUCCCCAAGGACCCGCCAACUUCACCCUGCUCUGGAGGUUCAGCUCCGGGACCAGGGAGAAGGUGUUGCGGUGGCUCUUCCCGAAGGCAGAGCUCUGCCCCCUGCUGGACAGUGCUGGGACCAUCCUGCAGCGCUGUCUGGUCACCCACAGCACAAACUCCCAGAGCAAGGGCGUGGGCGUGUUGGGCUGGCUGGUGGUGGGCGAGGGGCUGCCGACAGUUCGAGUUCUGCCCGUUCAACGCUGCCAGAAACACUGCAGCUCCUUCAACCUGUGGCUGACGCCUGGAGACAUGGUGUACGCCGACCCUCGGUACUGGCAGAUGGAGCUCUUCCCGGGUCGGGGCCAGAAUAUCAUCUGUGACGGUUCGGCCUUUUAACGUUCAGACGGAGAGAAGAGAAAAAACAAAGAGGACAGAGUUCAGGACCAGGAACUCACAACAUCGGCUGUGAAUGUUUGACUUCCUGCUGUGAGGCGUUUUAUGGAGCUCGUCGGCCUUUAACGUGGCCCCCGCCCAUUGUUGCCUUAUACCUCACCUCCCACUACCGUCUUUUUUUCCGUGACGCUGCUCUCUUCUUUGAUAAUCCUCCCAGAGUCCCUCGGACAACUGAAAACAACUGCACACAUGACUUCAGUUUGAGGGGAGAGAAAAAAAAGGAACCUUCUGCUGGGCUCGAGGGAGCAGAGGAUUGAGAAAUGACUUUGUGACUUUGUCCUCAACAGCAGAUCAUCUUCUUCAUCUUCAUCUUCAUCAUCAUCAUCAUCAUCAGUCUGUGAAACUCUUUGCAGACGUUAUCAGCUCUCAGAUGUUCUGGAUGUGCUGUGCUUGUGCCAUAGCUUCAAGCAGAUCUCUAGCAAUUUAAAAUAUAUAUAUAUAUAAUUUCCAUGAAGCUGUCGGGUGUGUCUCCCUCUCUCUCUCAGAAAGUAGUGGAUAAUUGCUGAGAAGCCUUCUUCCAGAGCUCUGAAUUUACACCCA